AGUUAGAUUUUUUUAUUUUGUUCUGAUUCCAGAAUAAGAAGACGAAAUCUAAGCUGGGAAGAUUUUUUUUAUAAUCUUCAAACAUCGAAGUCGACCAAUCCUCCGUUGCUGUUGGAUAACCAAAAAUUCAUUUAUGCAUAUCAACCCGCUGUUGAUCUCAAUUGAAGCUACAGACCAGUCGUAAUAAUUUCUCCUUAUUUUCACUGUCGUAUCAAGAUGGAGCGAGUAAUUCACACGAGCAGCGACCAGUAUAUAUUCUUCCAGCAUCGUCUCGGUUCUCGACCGCUUGUGCAGGUGCCGAAUCCCAAUCCAUUUCUUCCCGCCGAUCUCAACCUCGACGACGAUCGUUGGCGAUGAUGUCAUGACCGCAGAAGACAAGAAAGCCUAAUUCCGAUGGAAACUGUGAAGUAGAUAAGUGAAAGAGAUAAAUAUCUCUGCUUGCUGACUACUGUUCCAUAUCUCCUCUUUCUUCGCCCGCGCUUACUAUUCUUAUUCGUGCAGCUUCUUUUUGUCCAUUAUUUUAUAAAGAUGGCGUGCGCGCCAUCUCUUACCCAUUGCUGUAGUUAUCGCUGCACCGAUUUAGGGAAGAAUUUUAGGAGGGCUAGCCACUCGUCGUCCUCCAUUUUUUCGUCCGAUUGCUUCGAAACUCCUUCCAGGCCGCGCGGCAAACUCGUAGGCUUGGGUACCAUCGGCUAUAAUGUAAGUUUUGGAUAUCAAACAAUGGGUACAACGCAGGGAGGAAUUACAGUACCUUACAACAUAUCUCAGGUCAAGCAUGAACCUGAUCAUCUUCUUGUCCUUGUGCAUGGUAUAUUUGCGAGUCCAAAAGACUGGACAUAUGCAGAGGCAGAGCUGAAAAGACAGCUGGGAAGCAAUUUUUUAAUCCAUGUUAGUUCUUCAAAUACCUAUAUUAAAACCUUUGCUGGAAUCGAUGGAGCUGGAAGACGAUUAGCAGAUGAAGUUCUAACUGUAGUGCAGAAAACGAAGAGUUUGAGAAAGAUCUCCUUUUUAGCCCACUCAUUGGGUGGGUUGUUUGCAAGAUAUGCAGUUGCAGUACUCUAUUCAUCUGAUAAGCUGAAUAAGAGUCAGCACAAUAACAUUGUGAAUUCAACUGAUGGAAAUCCAGAUAGAUUAGGUCACAUUUCUGCAUUAGGUAAAAUUGCGGGAUUGGAGCCAAUUAAUUUUAUUACUUUGGCAACUCCACAUCUUGGGGUUAGAGGGAGAAAACAGCUUCCGUUCCUCCUGGGAGUUUCUUUCUUGGAAAAAUUGGCAGCACCUUUAGCUCCCAUGUUUACUGGUCGAACUGGUAGCCAGCUAUUUCUUACUGACGGUGAACCAAAAAACCCUCCUCUUCUUCUAAGAAUGUCAUCUGAUUUCGAAGAUCUAAAAUUUAUAUCGUCACUUGGUGCUUUUAAAAACCGUAUUCUCUAUGCCAAUGUUUCAUAUGACCACAUGGUGGGUUGGCGUACUUCCUCAAUAAGGAGGGAGACUGAACUUGUUAAGCCACAGCUACAAUCGUUGGAUGGCUACAAACACAUCGUAAAUGUGAAGUAUUGUCCAGCCAUCUUAUCCGAUGGUCCUCAUUUUCCUCCUGAAGCAGCUAAAGCAAAAGAGGCAGCCAAAAAUGUGCCAAACACUCAAAAUACUGCCGAAUAUCAUGAUGUCAUGGAAGAGGAAAUGAUACGUGGACUGCAAAGGAUAGGAUGGAAGAAAGUUGAUGUCAGUUUCCACUCAACAUGUUGGCCCUUCUUCGCUCAUAAUAACAUCCAUGUGAAGAGUGAAUGGCUUCACAAUGCUGGUGCUGGUGUUAUUGCUCAUGUUGCUGAGAGUUUAAAGCAGCAAGAAUCUCGUUCCUUAAUUGGUGCCAGUCUUUAGGAUGCUGAUAAUAGAAAAAACUGAAGAACCUGGCAUGCGAUGGGGAGCUUGUAAAAGUUUGCCAAGCCAAGAAAUCAUUGUUUCUCCUUGAAAGCUUGUAAGGAGAUUGGAUGCAGGUCCCAAGAGUUCCCUGGAAUUUCAUGGGAGUUCAACGGUUUUUUUUUAGCUUGAAUGGACAAUGCAUGCACGGAGCCGCUUAUUCAUCUUGGUUUGAGUACUAAUAAUGUUGCGUCAUACAAAUAUACACACGACAAUGGUAACAUAUAAAUAUAUCAUUGCUUAUAUAAUAUGGGCUGUUAAAUAUUUCCUGUUAUUAUUUGUUGGUUUGUA